AUGAGGCACAUCGGUAGGGAGAACAUUGUCGUUGCGGCCCCGGAUGGCAGCAGCUACCUCGGCACACUCAAUGUCUACCACGGGAUCCACUGCUUCAAGCUCAUUAAGCAGCUUAGGUACCUGUAUUACUACUUGUCAGACCUUAACAAGUAUGACUAUGAGAACCUCCUCCAUAACGAAAACCGUAUCAACUUCCUCCGUCAGUCAGCCAUGUGCCACGGGAAUAUUGGCCUCAUCACGUUUGAGUGGCACGAAAAAAGCCGCAUCCCCGUCACCAACGCGAUGACGCACCAAUACGUCAGGUAG